AUGGCCUCCGGAGCAAGACAUUGGGAACAAGAUAAAGAGGCCACAGUCUACAUCGGGAACCUCGAUGAGCGAGUCACAGACAGCCUGGUGUGGGAGCUGAUGCUCCAAGCCGGCCGGAUAGUCAAUGUACAUCUCCCCAAGGACCGAGUAUCCCAGACGCACCAAGGCUACGGCUUCGUCGAGUUCAUCUCUGAAGAAGACGCAGAUUAUGCCGCCAAGAUCAUGAACCAGGUCCGCCUGUACGGGAAGCCGAUCCGCGUCAACAAGGCGUCUGCCGACAAGCAGAAGAGCGUGGAAGUCGGCGCGGAGCUGUUCAUCGGCAACUUAGAUCCGAUGGUCGACGAGCGCACGCUCCUGGAGACGUUCAGCCGCUUCGGCACCCUCGUGGCGCCGCCGAAGGUCGCGCGCGAUGAUGCCGGCCUGUCGCGCGGGUUCGGCUUUGUGUCCUUCGCGAACUUCGAAGCCUCCGACGACGCGGUGACGAACAUGCACGGGCAGUACCUCAUGAACAAGGAGAUCACCGUGCAGUACGCCUACAAGAAAGACGGCAAAGGCGGCCGCCACGGCGACGAGGCCGAGCGGAUGCUCGCCACCCAGGCGCGCGUGCACAACGUCGAGAUCCCCGUCCAGCCGCUCCAAGUCCAACCGCAGAUGUUCGCGCCUCCGCCAACGGCAGCGGCGCCGACGAUGGGCGGACCGGGCAUGGUCCCCAACGGCGCUCCUCCCGGCUUCCCUGCACCAGGCGGCUACCACCAAGCGCCGCCUCAUGCACAGAACCGAAUGCCACAAAUGGCGAAUCCGCUCCCGCCACCGCCGUCAGGUCUCCCUGCCCGACCGCCGCCAUCGCAGGCGGGGUAUGGAGGACCGACGGGGUUCAUGCCGCCGGGGUUCAACGCACCGCCGCAGAGCGGGUUCGCUCCUGGAGCGCCGCCGAUGGCUCCGCCGCCGGGAUUCGCGCCUCCGGGAUUUGCUCCGCCAGGUCAGGGGGGCCCGCCCGGGAUGCCGCCUGGAUUUCCGCCUCCGGGCUACGCACAACGCUGA